CUGAGGCGACGACACACCUCCCUCGUCGUCCUCGCGUCUGUAGGACGAUGAAGUCCGCGUUCGGAAUGAAGAAUGUGAAGAAGGAGAACCUGGAAAAAGGUCUCGCCGACAUGAAGGAGAUGGGAAUCGGUGGAUUGAGCAAAGGCUUAAACUUCCUGCGCACCGCGUCACAGACAGCGAUGGCGCCAGGCGACGAAGACAAAGCCACGUCGGCAGCGUCGGCGUCUGCCCGCGCAAGCUCGUUCAACGGUAGCAGUGGCGUUGAGAAGCCCAAGAUGUCGUAUGACGAGCUCCUCAGUCUCAGCAUGAAGCUGACAAAGCAGAACAAAGCAUACAAGGCGGCGCUCACUCAAGCCUCGGACAAGUUGUUCCAAGCCGGGGAAAUCGAGGCAAAUUACUCGUCCCUGGUGCAGUUUGUGUCGGAAGAUGUGGGGGUCGACCUCGUAUUCGUGGAACUCAAGGUGCCACCGAUGACGUCUGACGACAAUGGCACCGGCGGGGAUAGCACGAGUUACCCCGUCGAGAAACUGUUGGACGCGAGCGCCAUGCGCCAACUGUAUCAUGCCCGAGACAGCGCGCGCGAACUCCAGGUGCGGGACAUGGAAGACAAGUACGUCAACGAAAUCAACCAAUUGCGGGCAAAAGUGGAGACAUCUCGGGAUUUAAUCAAUCUGGACUCGCCUGCCAAGCAGACUCUACCUGAUCCUGCGAUCGCGUCCCUCCAGCAAGAACUCGAGUCGCUUCGCACGACACUCGAGGUUCAAGGUCAGGCCCAUGCUGCCAGCGUGGCUGAAUCCGACCUCGUCCGGCAGCAGCUCGAAUCGCAGCUCCUUGACCUACAAGGCCAACUCUCUGCGGCCCAGUCCAGCUACGCCACAGACAUGGCAGCCCACGUGGCAGCGCUUGAGAGCAAGGAGGAAGUUGUUGUGGGGCUCAAGCACGACCUGCAGCAGCAGCAGCAACUCAUCCUGAAACUCCAAUCCAAAGCCAAGGACUUGGGCGCGAUGGGCCAACGCGUUCAAGUGCUGGAGCAAGAAAACGCAGGCCACGUCAAGGACAUCCACCGAUUGCAAACGAUCGUGGCCACCCAUGCCAGUGACGUGGCAGCGCGGGAAGCCACUGCAGAAGCAGCCCGCUCCAGCGAAUUCGAGGCCAGCGCGGCGGAACUGUCUGAGUUGCGCGGCAAGAAUGACGCCCAAGCCCUCCAGCUCACGCAACUGCAUGCGGCGGUGGCGGAGCUCCAGACGGAGCUAGCGACUGCACGCGAGUCCCACCUUACGCAAGCCGACCACGACCAAGCGGUGCUACGGGAUCGGCAAAGUGCACUUGACACUGUCCAAAGCCAAGUGCGUGCGCUGGAACAAGCUGCGGUGAGUCUUCGAUCCGAGCGGGAUGCGGACUCGGCUCAGUUGACGGAGCUGCGGGACCAAGUCAAGGACCUGACGACAUCUAUCGAGGCUAAGGCACGGCAUGUCCAGGAGUUGGAGGCCACCAUCCAGUUGCAGGCGGCGGAGUUGCUAGAUAAGACAGCCCAGAAGGAGCAAGUCGCGGAGCAGUGGCAACACGAAGCGACGACGCUGCGCCAACAGCUGCACGACGCCAAUGUGUCGCUGUGCCAACGAACGGACGACUACGACAGCGUCAAAAGCCAGCUGGUCGCGGCGCAACAGGCCGUGGCGGCCGACGCAAGUGACAAGGUGGCCAUGUUGCAGCAAGUAGUGACGCACGAGCAGCUAAAGGUCCAAGAGCUCACGGCGAGUCUCCACGCCAAGGCGAGCCAAGUGAAUGCGUUGGAAUCGACAGUCGCAGACCUCGACCGCGCAGCGAGGGAAGCGUUGCGGCAAGCUGAAGCGGACAAGGCGGCCCACGCCGCGGGGGUGGAAUAUGCGACAAGGUUGCAAACGUCGUUGGAGCAACUUCAAGUGGACGUCGCAUCGACCAAUGCCGCCAAGAUUGCCGUCGAGACGGAACUGGAGCGGCUGAAGGCGGCCUUGCAAGAGUCCGUGGCUGCUCACGAACGCAACGAAUCGUGUCUAAAUCAAGCAGCGACCGAAGCAUUGGCCGCCAAAGUGGCAAUGGAGGCGGAAGUCGCCCGCCUAGAGAACGCAGUUGAAGCCGCGACCACUCGGGCAGCGCAAGCCGAGUCGAACAAGUCAUUAGAGGUGGAUCGGUUGCAGCAGACGUUGGAGGACGCGCGAACAGCAGCCGUGGCGCUGGCAGACAAGGACCGCGCUGAAGCCGACAAGUUGCGCCAAGAUGUGGCCACCCACCGGGACCAGGUGCUGGCGUUGCAAGCGCAGCUCGACACCGAGACGAGUCAACGUGUGGCUCAAGUGCACGAAAGCCAGACGCAGCUGGCCCAGUUGCAGGCGCAGCUAGAAGUCGCCACAAGCACCGUGCAAUCGUACACGACCGAGUUGUCGUCGCAUGUGGACAUGAUCCACGAAAAGGACGCGCGACUGGCGGCGCUGCAGGUGGCCUUGGACGAUCAAGAGGCUCGAUUGGCCGAAUCUCGUCAGAACGGCAAUGAAGUGGCCACCCUUCAAGCAAAGCUAGUUGCUAUAGAGCAAGAAGCGGCGGCCCACCUCGCGUCGAUCGAUGCCUUGCACCAACAAGUGGCCGCACACCAGACAGAGUUGGCAUCCGUCCAAGCGACUGCGGCGGCCACCGAAGCGUCUUUAGCAGUGGAAUUGCAAAACGUGGCAGCGUUACGAGUCGAAGUGGAAGCGAAAACCGCCGACUUGCAACUCGCCCAUGCGCAACUACAACGCCUCGACGAAGAUCGGUUAAACGAACGGGAGCGUCUGCAUGAGACAACAGCCGCCUGCCAGGCAGAGUUGGAGGCUGUCCAAGCGCGACUGGCGGCGGUGCAGAAGACGGCCGACGCGUAUGCGCAGGAUAUCCAGAGCCAAAUGGCCGCUGCCCACGACCGAGAGGAGAACAUGGCGGCCCUUAAGCAGGAGAUGCAACUCGCGCAAGCCAACUUGGGCCAGCGGCUGCAUACGGCCGAGACGGACGCGAGUGCGUUGGCGAACGACGUGGCGAGGCUCCGGACCGAGUUGGCUGCGGUGCAGACCGAGCUAGCGUCGCGGACGGCCGAGUUGAGGGCCGCGCAGGAUGCUGCGGAUGCCGCCAAUGCCGCCAAGGCGAAUGUGGACGCCGAGUUGCGAGAGACUCGUGUGGUGGCCGCCAAGACUUUGGAAGGAGAAGUGGCGCGGCUGACGUUGAAGUGGAAAGAGAUGGAGGGCGCGUGGGCCGCGCAGAAGGCUGAGAACGGCCGCAUGGCCAAGGAAAUGCAUACGCUGCACAAGACGUGGUCCGAGAAGAACGCGCUGGCGGCGCGACUGCAUGCGGAGAAUGUGCAGCUGGGGGAAGCCAGCGCGGGGAUGACGGCGGAAGUGGCACAGUUGCGACUGGCGCUGACCGACCAGAGCCAAGCGCUGCGCCAGGUGGAGGACGCGGUCAAGGAGCAGUCCGACGUGGCGGCCGCCCGUGCUUUGGACGUGAUCCGGGUCGAAGCAGCGCUGGCCGAAGCCGCCGCGGCGCACGCGCGAAGGCAGGACGAGUGGCAGGGGACGCUCCACGCAAUGGAGGUGGCGGCACGGGAACGAGAGGCCGACUUGCAGCAAAAGUUUGCGGCCGAAGUGGAAAAGGUGGAAGCCGAUGGCCGCGCCAAGUCCAAGUUGGCGCGGCAAAUGGUGUUGGAGAAGGAGGAGUUGAUUGCGAGCUUGACGACCAAACUGGCCAAGUUGGAGGAAGACGUCCGGUCGGGGGAUGCAGACCACCGCCGCAUCUUUGAGCUGGCGUCGAUGCAAGCGAACCGCGACGCGACGUCGCGGUCGCGGGAACAAGAGUUUGCCGAGCUCACGGCAGCGUUCGAGCAAGUCCGCCUCCAGAAUGCGCAGUUGAUCCAGGACAAGGAAGCGCUAGAAGACGACAUUGCGCACCUCGUGCGCACGGAACGCCGGGAAGGAGUGAACAUGGAGUAUCUGAAGAAUGUAGUCGUGCAGUUUAUGAGCUUCCGACCAGGGUCGUCGCAGCAACUCAAGCUCAUACCUGUGCUGUCCAUGUUACUGCAGUUUACCCCCGAGGACAUGGAUGAAGUCCAGGCGAGUACCAAGCAAGCGUCUAGCUGGACGUCAUCGUGGAGCGAGAAGAAACCCGUGCGAAACAUCAAUGCGCCGUCGCCCAUCGUCAUUCCUCCAAGGAAGAAGGUGGGAAGUCCGCGCUCGUUGAACAGUCCGAGCAAGUCGAGCAGUCCGCGUAGCAGUCCACGAGGGUCCAGUCCCCGGUCCAAGGCACGUCGAAGUAUGUCGCCGCCAAAGCAGCGCGCGAUGACGGCGCAGGAACCUUUGGUCCACCACGACAGCAUCGACUUGUAGAUGAUGCGGACAUCAUGGUGAUUGAUUCCUUCCGCUGCAAUCAUAAACACGAAACCGUAGAAAAAAACACAGUAGUAACUUGGGAUAGUAGGUGUUGCUUACUAUUAGUAGUUUCAAAAAUAGCUAGAUGUUUGUAUGCAAAUCCUAAAUCGUCGCUAGUAGGGAUCCCAUUACUAUUACUAAAACAUCG